GCAACAUAGUCCUAAAAGCGGGGGAGGGCCUCAGCAAAAGUCGCCUUUCCCUCAGAAAUUUCCGGGGACACAUAGUGCAGAAUCUGGGCCAAGGACACUAUCCGGGGUCUUGCGAAGACGUGAAAACUCCCGUGAGCCGCAGGUGCCGCGCGGGGCAUCCUGGUAGAGUCAGCAGUCAGCAACGCGGCGGCGGAAAGCGCAGCCCGGCAGCCCUGGAACGUCCCAGGACUCACUGAUGAAGUGGAACAGGGAGCGCUGGAUGGUGAAGAGAGAAAAGACUGUAGCAAAGGAUCUAGGAAUGAUUCUGGAGACUUCCACUGAGAAUAGUCUUCUUGGAUUAUCCUGUUGUAGGUGUUGAAAGACUUCCUAUGUACAAAGGUGCAAGAAGAGGAAAGUCAGAAAAGGACAAUAGGGAGAAAUGGCUGGUUCUCCAGUAAACAUGUUCCAGGGUCUGCUGACAUUCCGCGAUGUGGCUGUGGACUUCUCCCAGGAGGAGUGGGAAUGCCUGGACUCUGCUCAGAGGGCUUUGUACAUUGGUGUAAUGUUAGAGAAUUAUAACAACCUGGUGUCUGUGGGUAUUAUUGUGUGCAAGGCAGACCUGGUCCCCUGUCUGGAGCAAAUCUACAUACCCUGGAAUGUGAAGAGAGAGGAGAUGGUGGCUAAACCAGGUAGAGAGAACUAUGGAAUGUGCAGUGAAUCUGAGAUGGUCUUCUAUCAAGACUCAAAGAGUAUCAUCUAUGAGUAUGUGGAUAUGCAAUGGAAGUCCAGUGAAUGUAAUGAACUUGGCAAAAUGUUUCACAAAUCCUCCAGAUGGAUACUUUGCAAAACAAAUAAUACUCCAGAAAUCUGCAACAAAUACAGAUUUGGUAACCACAGGGAUGCAUAUAUUGAAUCAACAAACGUCAGUAGACAUGAAAGUAUGCACACUGAUGAAGAACCUUGCAAAUAUAAAGACUAUGGCAAAUCUUUAAGUUUAUUUUCAAAUAUAAGUCAGAGUCAUGGAAUCUACAUAGGAGAGAAAGAAUAUAAAGAAUGUGAUAAAACUUUUGGCUCUAUCCCAAAACUUGUACAGCUAGGAAUUUAUAGUGGAGAAAACCCACAGAAGUGUUGGAAAUAUAGAACAGGAUUCAGGACCUGCUCAAGCCUCAGUACACAUCAGAGAACUUAUACUGGAGAGAAACCAUGGAUAUGCACAGAAUAUCACAAGGCUUUUAGGUGGUUGUCAGAUCUUAAAACCCAUUACAGAAUCCAUCCUGGAGAAAAGCCUUUCAAAUGUAAGGAAUGUGACAGAUCUUCUACCUUCUGCUCUUCUCUUAGAGGACAUCAGAACAUCCAUGAGGGAAAAUUGUACAAAUGUUGGAAAUGUGACAAAUCCUUUACUCGGUGCUCAUCUCUUAGAGCACAUGAGAAAAUUCAUACAGGAGAGAAACUUUUCAAAUGUAAGGAAUGUAUUAAGUCCUUUUAUAUGCUGUCCCAGCUUAGAAAACAUGCCAGAACACAUACUGGAGAGAAACCAUACAAAUGUAAAGAAUGUGACAAAUCUUUUACCUACUCCUCAUCUCUUAGAGAACAUCAGAACAUGCAUGCUGGAAAACUAUAUAAAUGUCAGGAAUGUGACAAGUACUUUACCCGGUGCUCAUCUCUUAGAGCACAUGAGAAAAUUCACACUGGAGAGAAACCUUUCAAAUGUAAGGAAUGUGGUAAGUCAUUUUAUAUGUUGUCACAACUUAGAAAACAUGCCAGAACUCAUACUGGAGAGAAACCGUACAAAUGCAAAGAGUGUGAGAAAUCCUUUACUCAGUGUUCAACCCUUAGGAUACAUCAGAAAAUUCAUGCUGGAGAGAAACCCUACAAAUGUAAAGAAUGUGGUAAGUGCUUUUAUAAAUUGUCAUAUCUUAAAGUCCAUUACAGAACCCAUACUGGAGAGAAGCCUUACCAAUGUAAAGAAUGUGGUAAGGGAUUUUCCCAGUUGUCUUGUCUUAAAAGCCAUGAAAGAAUCCAUACUGGAGAGAAACCUUACAAAUGCAGUGAAUGUGACAAAUCCUUCACACACUGCUCAACUUGUAGGAGACACCAGAGCACUCAUGCUGCAAAGCUUUACAAAUGUGAAGAAUGUGACAAAUCCUUUGCCAAACAGUCAUCUCUCAGAACACAUCAGAAAGUCCAUGCUGGAGAGAAACCUCAUGCUUGUAAAGAAUGUGGUAAGGCCUUCCAUCAACUAUCACAUCUGAAAGUUCAUUACAGAAUCCAUACUGGAGAGAAACCUUAUAAAUGUGAUGAAUGUGAGAAAUCAUUUACGAAAUGUUCAUCUCUUAGAACACAUCAGAAAAUUCAUGCAGGAGAGAAACCUCAUGCUUGUGAAAAAUGUGGCAAGGCCUUCUAUCACUUAUCACACCUUAACAUCCAUUACAGAAUUCAUACAGGGGAAAAACCUUACAAAUGUAGUGAAUGUGAUAAAUCCUUUACCACAUUGGCAAACCUUAGGAGACAUCACAGACUUCAUACUGGGGAGAAAACUUUCCAUAGUAAAUAAUAUGUUGUAUGCUUUUCCCAGAAUGCUGUCCUUAGGCACUACUGCAGGCUCCACUCCAAAAAACAUUAUGAACAUGAGAAAUCUGAGAAUGCUUUUACAGAAUAUUUAAAUCUUAGAAAACAUCUAAAGUUUAUAGUGAAAUGUUAUACUAUUGGAAGCUUUUCAUUAAAACAUUAUACUUGUUCAACCUCAAAAAAUUCAUAAUGAAGACAAUAUGUGUUAAUCCAAAGGACGUUACCAAACUUUUAGUUAUUCCCUGAAAUGAUAUUAGAGAGAAAUCAUAUAUGUUUGCCAUUGUGCUAUAUUCAUGCCUCGCUGCACAGUAGAAAUUCCUCUCUAUAGAUCCCAAAGAAAUAACAUUGAAUUUGGCAAAGUCUGUUCCUACUAGACUUUCCUGAAGGAAAACCCAAGAAAGUGCUUUAAUAAAGACACCCCCUUUUUUUUUUCACCUUCAAAAUACUCUUUCUGAUGUGAAAACUUGUCAAUCACAAUAUGAUGAGAACUUAACAGUGAUAAUCUGUGUGCUCAUGCACAGCUAGAAAAUCCCCCAAGAAUGUGCAGGAAAAUUAUUUUUCAGUACUCAAGAGAGAUGAGUAUUUAGUAGAACCACAGAGCAUAGUAACAGUAGAAGUUUCAUAUACAAAUAAUAAAACACAAAGGUUUGUAGGCAUUAGAGAAGCCAGUGUACUACAUUAGCAAAUGGUUAUAUAUAAUUGGUAUCAAUCGCUGCUCCUUCAGAGCUGAUGAAUCCAAGACAGGAGUCACCAAAGUUAGUAGGGACUGACAAUAACCAUCAAGGGACCUCAAUUGUCUGAACAAUCUUAAUGCCAAUUUCAAGCACUCUAUGUGUCAGGGCUCCUUUGUACACAGAUCUGCACAGAUCAAAGUCCAUUUGAUGAUCUUUCAGUACUUUUCUUCAUUUCUUAUCAUUUAAAAACAAUUCUUAGCCAGGUAGCAGUUGCACAGGCCUUUAA